AUGACCAACGCAGCACAACAUAUUAUAGACACAUACACCAGUGCAAGAUUACGUCCACGCCUUAUAAUGUUUGUGCUUAGCAACGAAGUGAGUGGAAGUGGCAAUCUUGCAUUCACUCAUCGUCACUGUCGAAAUCACAUUGCCAAAAGUCGGCAAAAGAGAUUUGAAAAAGGAUAUAUUCAACUUGUCCUUGAAUACUUUAGAAAUAUGCAAUUUGAGAAUCCUGUAUUUUUUUAUGCGAUGCAAGUAGAAGAGAAUGGACAUUUGACUAGAAUAUUUUGGGCCGAUGCUAGAUCAAGGAUGAACUAUCAAUUUUUUGAUGAUGUUGUUGUGUUUGACACAACUUAUUUGACAAACAAGUAUCGAAUGCCUUUUGUGCCAUUGACAGGAGUAAAUCACCAUCAUCAAUCUAUGUUAUUUGGUUGUAAUUUACUAGUCGAUGAAAUUGAAGAGUCAUUUGUUUGGCUUUUUAAGAAAUGGCUUCAAGCAAUGUCUGGCCAUCAUCCAACUUCAAUAAUUACUGAUCAAGAUCUUGCUACGGGAGCAGCCAUCAGACGAGUAUUUGCAAAUACUUACCAUCAUCUUUUUUUGUGGCACAUUUUGAAGAAAGUACCAGAGAAGUUGUCUCAUGUAUAUGCGGAAUAUGGAAAAAGUUUUAGCGAUGAUUUUCACAAGUGCAUCCAUAAUUUUGAGACAAUACAUGAGUUUGAAUCACAGAUGUCUACAACCCAACGUAGUGAGAGUAUGAAUUUAUUUUUUGAUGGCUAUGUAAAUGCAAAAAGCACUCAAAAAGAAUUUAUUGAGAAUUAUGCACUUGCAUCAGAUAGUCGCAAUAUUGAGUAUGUUGUGAUAGAAGAAGAGAAUGAUGGAGAAAUAAUUGUAUUUAAAGUCUCAAAAUAUGACAAAGAGAAAAGGGAAGCGAUGUAUGUUCUAGAUGAGGGCUUGAAAAUAGUUGCAAUUGUCCAAGAAAAUAUCGAUGAAACACAUCAACAAGGCAGCCCAAAAGAUUUCGAAGUUUUGCAAUUAAAUGUCAAUGAAGUUGCUCUUUUGGUGAUAUCUUAG